UGGCCGCUUCAGCUGACAUUCGGCAUGAUGGCGAUGGAAAUACAGAGCUCCGACGCCAACAGUGGCAGCUCAAGCCGACUUGAAGUGUCCAUUGAUGGACUGACCCUCAGCCCUGAUCCCGAAGGCGACCAGGAGCAUGUCGAAAGGACAGAUUCUCAACAGCUGGAGCAGGAAAGCGAAGUUCAGAGUUCACCUGAGGGCAAAGAUGUGGAGGAGGGCGAGACUGCCACAGCCAUGGAAAGGAAAUGGGGAUUUUCUCUCGAGGAGCUGUAUGGGCUGGCACUGAAAUUCUUCAAAGAAAAAGAUGGAAAAGCGUUCCAUCCAACCUAUGAAGAGAAGCUCCGUCUGGUGGCGCUCCACAAGCAGGUCCUUCUGGGCCCCUACAACCCAGAUGCCUCUCCGGAAGUGGGCUUCUUCGAUGUACUGGGAAAUGACAGGAGGAGAGAAUGGGCGUCCCUAGGCAACCUUGCUAAGGAAGAGGCCAUGGUGGAGUUUGUGAAACUGCUUAACAAAUGCUGUAAUUUAUUUGCACCUUACGUCACGUCACACAAAAUUGAGAAGGACGAACAGGAGCGGAAAAGGAGAGAGGAGGAAGAGCGGCAGCGCAUGGAGGAAGAGGAGCGUGAGCGGCAGCGGCAGGAGGAAGAGCAGCGACGCAGGGAGGAAGAGGAGCGGCUGCAGAGGGAGGAGGAGGAGAGGCGGCAGGCGCAGGAGGAGAGGCUCCGUAUGGAGCAGCAGAAGCAGCAGAUAAUGGCGGCGCUGAACGCGCAGACGGCGGUGCAGUUCCAGCAGUACGCGGCACAGCAGUACCCAGAGAGCCCUGAGCAGCAGCAGGUGCUGAUCCGCCAGCUGCAGGAGCAGCACUACCAGCAGUACAUGCAGCAGCUCUACCAGGUGCAGCUGGCCCAGCAGCAGGCCGCUCUGCAGAGGCAGCAGGACGAAGCCGUGGUGUCUCUGUCAUCGGCGGAAACAGCUGUAAGUGCAGUGCCCCCUGCUGAAGCGGAUGUCCCGACGCUGAAUGGUCAGCCAGACGAGCACUCUGAGAGCCCGGACCGGGAGCCGGAGGUGGAGCUAGGCGAGGAGCCCACAGAAAAUGGACCAAUAGAUCAAAGAGGAGCGACCCCGGUCUUCGAGGACCAUGUUCCUGCAGGUACAUAUGGUUUAACAAGUGAUCAAGAACCAGACACUGUCCCGGUAAUCGCAGCACCCUCCAUGUGGACCCGGCCUCAAAUAAAGGACUUCAAGGAGAAGAUCCGGCAAGACGCGGACUCGGUGAUCACGGUGGGCCGCGGGGAGGUGGUGACGGUGCGGGUCCCCACGCACGAGGAGGGCUCCUACCUCUUCUGGGAGUUCGCCACCGACCACUAUGAUGUGGGCUUCGGCGUUUACUUCGAGUGGACAAACUCUCCCAACACCGCCGUCAGCGUGCAUGUCAGCGAAUCCAGCGACGACGAAGAGGACGAGGAAGGCGAGGUCCAGAGCGAGGAGGAAAAGGUCAAGAAGAGCACCAACAAGCCGCAGGUGGACGAGAUUGUGCCGGUCUACCGGCGGGACUGCCAUGAGGAGGUGUACGCUGGGAGCCACCAGUACCCCGGCAGAGGGGUCUACCUGCUCAAAUUCGACAACUCCUACUCCCUCUGGAGAUCGAAAGCCGUCUACUACAGGGUCUACUACACCAGAUAAGCCAGGAGGAGGAUGCCGGAGCGGGGUGGGGCAGGGAGAGGAGGGGCCGUGAGCCGGGGCCUCUCCCCGCCUUGGCACGGGAAGGGACGAGGCGUGGAGGACACAACAGCACGCCUCGCUCGAGAGGGUGUCUCUCGUUCAGCUUUCAAGGAGGGGAUAAUCGAUUCUACGUUUCCAUUCACCGUCUUUCUCUCUCUCUCUCUACUCUCUCGAUAGCAGCCUGACGUUUUAUGGGUCUCUUGUUCAGCGAAAACACUGCCUUACCUUCGUCCAAAAGGAGCGAGCAUGACUCAUAAACACCCCUGAUACCAUAUUAGUUCUUUACUGCAUGAUUUUCAUGAGUAGAUGAUCUGCGUUUUUCUGUGAACGGUCCGCAAAUGGCUUUCGGCGGCGAUCCAUAUUGUGUACUAGCGAAGUCGGCUGUGAUGCAUGAUACUGAGUUUACCAUGCUACUGAAGGAACAAGGAAGGAGUCCCGAAUGAUGAGGAUGGAUUCUAUAUCUUUUUUCUUUUCUUUUUUUCUUUUUUUUUCUGAUUAGUGUGAUUAAUAAAGGAUGUGUGGGAUCGGGUUUGGAAAUCUGAAGAAUUAUGAAGUAGUUUCACGUGUUCUCAUUAUGGUGAAAUAUCCUGGAUUGGUAAACAUUUUAUGGUUUUAUUCCAACUACAUUACGGCCAUUGAAGCAGGAGCUUGGUGGUGAAGCGGGUGCAUGUUUGAAAUGUGUGUGGAAAUUUGGGUCAUGAUCUCAGGCUAUGAACGUAAUAGAAAAAGGGUGGGUUUUUGCGUUUUUGUCCUUUUCUUUUUUUAAUGCAUCUGAUUUAAGAGUAUGGUCCUCUUGACCUCCUGUUGUGGUCAGAUGGUGAGAAACGCGGCCUUGAUGAAAAACGAGACUGAUUCUGCUGUUUAACCAGCAAUACUGCAGAAGAUUGUAGUCGUAACGUAACUCAUAAUGUGUGGUAAAAAGUAAAAAGCUCCUCCAAGUCUCCACUUGAGUAGCACAGCGCAGCACAAACAGCUCCAGAGAGGCAGGGCUCAUCUGCUGUCACCCUGACGAGUCCUUACAGUGUGCUCUUGCUUUCUUGCCAUUUAGUUUUCAGAAAUGCGCUUUCUUGUUUGGUGCUUGUCUGAUGUCUGUGUUCUGUUUGAGUGCUCGUUCAGUGAAGAAAUAGACACUCGCGUCUGACAGGUGAAACAGAGGACCAUGCCAGAGCUCUUGUUUGCUGUAACGUUCAGAGCAGUCAUCCGCAGAUUUUUGGUGCCAUCCGGCCGGAAUGGUUUGUACUGGAGCUUGCAUCCAAGCCUCAGCCAUACCCCCCCCCCCCCACUGAAGGUGUGAUGUUGGCAGAUAUCGCUUUCCAGUUAUGAUGGUCUUCGUGCAACUGUUCAAAUUGAAAUAACAAAGCGUUUAAAAACCCUAAGAAUCCUUUCUCAUUUUCUUCUCACCGUAAGUAUUGUAAUUUUAUGGCAUAAUUUAUGCAAGGUAAGAUCUGGUAUUUGGGAUGUCUGUCCCAUAGAGUUGUGAUGGAGUCAAGUUGGUGCGUAGGAACUCGACACUGGAUUUGUACGUUGUCACCUUUUCAAUUUGUGCCUGUCCAAAAAGCCAGGCUUGAUCGAAUACCCCUCUGUCAAUCUCCAUAAUACCGCAAUUAUUGCAUGGCAUCUUUUACCUGGAAUUCCUAUGGAAACAGUGAGUAUGCAAGUUGUGUUAUAGGUUGGGUUACUUCAAAUGGAGUGCUUUGGAUAUGAAUGAAAGUGAUGUGUGGGAGGAAUGCAAGACUGGAUACAGUACAUCAGUUGAGCACAUCCCAGGCCCCCUUGCCUCUGACCUAAGACCCAAAGUAAGAACUCCACUUUGCACCAAAAAUUCUUCAAACGCACUGAAUCUUAUGCCUGGAUUUCAGAUUUCUGCUUUCUGUUGCUUCUGUGUUCCUUUGGCACAUUAACAUGACAAGAUACCAGGCCUCAUCAUUAAAGGCUUUUUUCUUGGCUAAACAUCCCAUGAAGAAGAAAAAAAAAAAAGUUCAGUGGGGUUGGAUUCCUUGCAUUCUGCUGUUCGAAUGUUCCCAGUGUCCUGUAGUGCACUUCGUUUUUGCACCCUGUGCCCUGAUGGGAAAGCGCAUCACUAUUCAGGAUGACUUGGUAGUAUUGGUUUACCACAACAUCACUUAAGGCUGAAACAGGUAUUGUUUUUAAGGUCAUAGACAAAAAUGAUUUCCUUCAUCAAGCCAAUUAGUUUUUUUUUUGUUUUUUUUUUUGUUUUUUUUCAGUCAACAAACCAGGAAGUAAAACUCUGUUUGUUUUUACUGUUUAUUCCUGGUAGAAUUUUUCAUUAAGCCAAUAAAAUCCACAUUCAUGGAAGUAAUCCAUUUUUAUUUCAGUGCAUAAUUUCAGCCAUUAAAAAAAGUGGUUCUUUAAGAAAAUGAAA